CGAAAAGCUCAAAGAAUCAGCUUUGGCCGAUUUUAGACAGAAUUUCUGGUUUGCAUCAUUUGCAUCAUUUAUCAUCGGUGUUUAUCGGUGUUUAUGGCUACCAGAAAGCUUGCCUAAUUUCUUCAAUCAUUUGUGGAUGAAUAUCUAAAUUUAAAAAACAAUGGAUUCUCAAUCAACAAACAGCCCCUGCAAAUCAAUAUUUGUGCUUAUCUGUGAUGCUCCUGCUUGAGCAUAUGCACAAAAUCGCAUAAUGGACACUUUGCCUGUGAAAAAUGCACUGUCAGGGGUGAAAGAAUAAACAGGCGAAUGACUUUUUUGGAUACACUUCUGCUCCACUUUGAACCGAUAUUGAUUUCAUUAACAGGUCGCAACCAGAACAUCAUCUUCAAGGUAUUUUCGCAUUUAAAUUGAUUUCAGUUCCAUUGAUAAGUCAUUUUCCUAUAGACUACAUGCAUAAUUCCUGUCUUGGUAUAAAUAAGCAAUUUCUAAAGUUGUGGAUAGAUAGGUCGAAAACUUCCAGAGCCCAAGUUCAUCUUAAUAUUUUGUCAGAUGCACUGACAAAUGUGUCAAAGUAUAUUCCAACAGUACAUUCUCGCCAGACUGCCAACAGCUUUAAAGGCAACAAAAGUUUAUGAUAAAAAUUCCCGGCAUCUCAUCUAUCAGCCCUGGGAAAGCCAAUGGAUCAUCAUUAGGAGCGACACGAUGAAUCACAUCACUUGUCUGAUAUAUAAGAUUGGUAGCCCUGUAUCCAUAAUCUCACAGUUUAUAUCAAUAAAUUUGUCCAAGUUUAUACUUACUAGAUUUAAGCAUUUGAAGAAGCUGAGACAAAUCCUUCUCUUAAGGAGUGUUUCUCUUUUGAGAACACAAAUUAGACCACAAAUUGACUGUGCUCGAGGUUCAUUGGAUAAGUCUGUUCUAAAAUGA